AUGCGCAAAUUAUUUAUUGUAAUAUUUAUGUGCGUUUAUUUGGUAGUUGCCACUUACUGUGCCACAAACCUUGAGUUGGAUGAUGAAAAUGAGAAUUUGAAUAGAAAUCAAAUACUCGUUCGUGAAAAGCGACAAUUUGGUUAUGGUGGCUAUGGAGGAUAUGGUGGAAGACCUGGUGGUUAUGGAGGAUAUGGCGGAAGACCUGGUGGUUAUGGUGGAUAUGGUGGAUAUGGCGGAAGACCUGGGGGCUAUGGUGGUAGACCUUCAGGAUGGUACCCCGGUUUAGGUGCUCGCGGUUAA